AUGGUGUUGCUGUUCGGCCGGAGCCGUGAGGCUCUUUCAGUUAUUUCAAACGUUGUGUUGCGCCACAUCUACGAGCGGUUCAAGCAUCUCCUGAACUGGACGAUGGACGUCAAAAUGGUCCUUGGAUGGAAGCAUAGCGAUUUGUCGGCCUGGUCGUGGUGUCCAAAAGACAGCCUUCAAUGA